CAGACCUCACAACAGAAAAAAAAGUGUUAAAGACAAAGGACCGGACAGCCUUUUGGGAAAGCAAAAACCAGAUCAGUUAGUUUUUUAGACCGCCUUGUAGAGGUUCGGGUGUCUCACCACCGGUCGGAACCGGGUGGAGCAACACGAGAGACGCUUCAUGUUCAGCUUUCUGGUGAUGGAAAGUCCUGCAAAACGGCAGGCCUGCUGACUGGAGGGACACAACGGUCAAGGCACACACACUCACAGGAUGGAGGAAGUGGAAACGCACAAGAGAGGGAUGACAACUUGAUUCAUGAUUUUUAUCGGAGGAUCCCAUUUUCUUCAAACUUUUUAGUUUUCCACCCCUCUCUAAAUUCUGUCCUGAAUUCUACUUUCUACGUCCUCUCCUGUUGAGAGAGGUGGUGUUUAUUUACCUUCCACCUUCCUCUGAGAGCCUACAUAGCAACACAGACUCCUCUCUUCCCGGAGGUCGAGGGGGCUGCCAUGGGAACGGCUGUCCUGCCUUCAAUGUAGCGUCCUGAGGGCAGUAGUGGUGGAGCUGGAGGAGGAGGACGUGGCGGUGGCGGCGGCGGCGGUGGUGAACGUCCAGGGAUGGGCAGUACUCCGCAUCCAGCCAGCGAGUGGAAGGAGAAGGGCCGAGGCGGGCUGCAGGAGCUGGGCUGCAUGCCCUGGAAGGUCAGCAAGCAGAAAGCUGCCGGAGGAGGGGGGGAUGCGGUUUCAGGAGCAGCAGAGAGGAGGAGGAAGGAUCCGAGGGACGGUCAGCUGCAGCAGGAUCUCUCCUCGUCGUCGUCCUCCCUCUCCCCGCCGGCUCCCCAGCAGACUUCUCCUACGACUCCGGCCAUAUAUCACGAGAAGCAGCGGAGGGAGCUGUGCGCAUUGCAUGCGCUCAACAACGUCUUCCAGGAUGGGACGGCCUUUAGUCGGGACACCCUGCAGGAGAUAUUCCAAAGGCUAUGUCCCAGCACUAUGGUGACGCCUCACAAAAAGAGCAUGCUGGGAAACGGGAACUAUGAUGUAAACGUCAUCAUGGCGGCAUUGCAGACCCGAGGGUUUGAGGCAGUCUGGUGGGAUAAAAGAAGGGAUGUAGGCAGCAUCGAGCUGUCCAACGUGGAGGGCUUUAUCCUGAACGUGCCGUCCAAUCUGCGCUGGGGGCCUCUCCGGCUGCCACUAAAACGCCAGCACUGGAUUGGCGUCAGGGAGGUGGGAGGUGUCUACUACAACCUGGACUCUAAGCUACGCAACCCUCAGCCUAUUGGCAGUCCUGAUGAGCUCAGGAAGUUUCUCCGUCAGCAGCUGCGAGGGAAGAACUGUGAACUCCUGCUGGUUGUCUCAGAAGAGGUGGAGGUCCACCAAACAUGGCGCUCUGAUGGCUGAGGGUUCAACCAGCCAAUCCCAUCAGCCAAGCGGGCCUGUCGCAGGACGAGCUGGAGACGAAGUAGCGUUGUGCACCGCCAAGCGCAUUGAUGCAUCCUUGCAGUUGUACUUCCUUCCCACCACGCUUGUUUUUUUUUCUUCUUCUUCCUUUUCUUUGGGUUUUGUUUACACGGCCGUUGCUGAACACUUAGCUGAUCCGACACACAAACUAAUGAAGGAGGCAAACAUUUUACAGAGCGAAUCAAUAUAUAUAUAUAUAUAUAUAUAUAUAUAUAUAUAUAUAUAUAUAUAUAUAUAUAUAUAUAUAUAUAUUGAUUUCUGUCUUUCCCUUUUUAUUUUCUCCAAUUUCUAAAGUUGUGAGAGAUUUGGACCUAAGGAAAAUGCAGAUUUUUAUGUUUACUAUUUUUUUUCCUCCUCUUUUUUUAAUGUUUUAUUUUACUCCAUAUUUUCCCACCUUUCUCACCAAAGUGCACCCUGGCUUCUAUUCCCCUCAUCUCGAUCUCAUCGAAUCCCAGCUCAGAGUGAGAGGUUUACCACAUCGCCAACUGUAUGUGCAUUUCAGCAAUUCCCUACACUUCUGGCACCGACUCACCCUUUACUGUAGAAUCUUUGCCAAUGCAACACUUUUUAUAUUAUGGCAACAAAGCAAUGCAACACUCAGGCCAAGUACUCCCUCUAGUGCAGGGGUCACCAACCUUUUUGAUGCUGGGAGCUACUUCACGGGUCCAGAGUAACACGAAGGGCUACUUGUUUGAUACAACUGUAAAUAUUCUUGGCUCAGCCUUUAUAACAAUAAUUCAUAUAUCUAUAUAUGAUUACAUGCUGCCUGAUCAUAUUAAUAUUAGGGACUACUCACAAUAGUUGUCAGUAAGGACAGAUACGGUUAAUUGGUUAGUUCACAGAGUUUCAAGUUUGAUUCCCUUUUGGAGCGUUUCUGUGAGAUGCUAAAUUUCCCCCAAGUGACUGAGAGUUCAGAUUGUUGCAGUAACACCUGCAGCUGCACAGCUGGACACACUGAGUACCUUGAAAAUUUCCUUUAAAUAAAAAAGGAAAGAAUAGUUUUGUUUUAUUAUCCAACCCUCUUUACCAGUAGCAAAAUUGUGGAGAAAAAAAAGAUCUUUUGUGUACAGUCUGUGAGGAGUUAGGUGGGACACGCCAAAGCCUAAAUCUGAUUGGUCAGUUUGCUUUUGAGAUCCGACAGAUCGGAGGGUAGCACAAAACUGUCACUGCACCUGACCUGCAAGAACACAACCACCUCCCCAAUGCGCAAAAAUCAGCACAAAUCUAAACCACAGGAGCAGCGGACAUUUUUUUUUCAGCCGAUGCUAAAUAAUAAAGACAUGGAAGUGAAGCCUGCCCUUGUGGUUCACGGAAAGAGGAGAGUGUUGAUCGCAGGUUCAGGUGGAGUCAGACGUCCAGAGGACGAGAAGGUGAAGCAACAAUAUUUGCUUAAUUUCUACUCUACUUUGGAUGGAUUAAAUUCGAUUAGAGUAAAUGGUUUAACCUGCAGACUUAGCGUGAGGAAGAGCGGUCGACAGGUGACCAUCAGCUCUGCAGUUCGGGAAACAUCAAAGAGCCUCAUACACUGACGACCUGCCAGAACCGCACAUGGUAAAAAGCUCCGCCGGGAUCCAAGCCGCUCUUAGAACUACGGGAGGUUCAAACUGCUCAUUCAUUUUUAUCUUACAGAAAAGCCCCAAGCCACCAAAUAAACAAAAAUAAACUGACCAAUAAGAUUUAGGUUUUGGGUGGCCUUUGACACCCAGAGACUGACACAGAUGUGCGCUACGUACAAGAUGCUUUGGCACAAAAGUUCUUUUUUUUAAUUUAAAGGCAGAUCUCAAGGUUCACAGAGUCUGUACAGCUGCAGGCGCUGCUGCCCUCCGAUAAAAUCCUGCAGGCGUCUGCGCAGUUCUGAACUUUAACCAUAGGAAAGAGUUUUAUACAUAAAGCAAUUUAUUUUAAACAUUUUUAUCAUUUUCUUUUUUAAAACUCUAAAUAUAAACAAAUGUUAUUACUUCAUUGUAAAAACAUUAAAUUAAAUAAUUUCGUUGGCAGUGCUGCCUAAUGACAAUGGCUAUUUUUAGAACUUGCUUGGCGGGCCACUGACAAGGUCCCCGUGGGCGACCAGGGGCCCGCGGGCCCCUCGUUGGUGACCCCUGCUCUAGUGGAUAUUUGCUCCAGCUUGCUUAUAUUGAUGAUCAUCUAGUUAUGUGUUUUUAAAUUUCUUCUCACUGUAUAGACGCUUCUGUAAAGGAAAGAAAUAUGUUAUUUGUCUAAGACGUAUUGCACUACACACAAACAUCACCCGUCAGUAAAGAAUUAUAUAUUUUGGGUUUGAUGCCAAACCUUCUUCCUCUACGGAUCAAAUGCAGCAAAAUGCAUCCACUAAUACAGGAGGAUAACUUUCAUGCUGUGAGUCAUGCUGACUUCAGAUUUAAAGUUUACGUGCAAAAUCUUUUACUGAGUGAAUUUAUUUGCCCCUACUGACGGAAUGAUCGACAGUAAAAAUCAUGACUUUACACUAAAGGUCUAGACGCUAGCUCUUUACCACUGAAAUGUAUCCCUUUGUCCUGAUUCGUUGUUGCUAGAGUUUUGUUUUUAGGUUUUUGCCUCAGUGACUUUUCCAAAGGGUCCCAGUCACAGCAGCCCUCUGUAGCACAGGAACUCAGCAGAUAAAGGGCUUUUUCUCAUCUUCCUGUAGUUUUUUUAUUUUAUUUUUUCGUAUAUGAAAAGCAGCCAAACACAGCUUUAAAAGGAAAUCACUGACUGUCCCAGCAAGUUAUUGACUGUAAUCGGAGGAAUCUCGGUUAAAGGAAGUUGUUUUUAAAGCGCAUUUGAGCGAAGAAAGUUAUUUGCUUGUAAACCUAAAAGGACCUGGGGCCUCGUGCAUAAAGCGUGCGUGCGCACAAAAAAUGUGCGGCGCCAUACUUUACGCGCAUGUCGGCAUGUCUAAAGAUUAACUUUGCAUCAAAAGCUUGCGUAAACAUACGCACACUUUUUCGGGGGCGUGAAAAUGGGCGGCAGCCACGCAAACUUUUUCUGUAGACAAUAUCAAACUACAAAGCGUCAAAACUCACCUAAAUACACUGAAAUCCGAUGACAUUCGGUGUCAUCUAGACCAAGAAGCAUCAAACCCGAUGUUUUUCAGAAUUUUCAUAUUUUAUUGUUUAAACGUAAACGAUAAAACUGAACCACAUUUAUCCUCAGACAAUAAGCUAACAUGCACACAAAAUAGAGAAAAUAAAAAUAAAAGUUUGUGAAAACCUCACUCAAAUGUAAAUAGUACUCUUUCUCAGUUUUUGUCUCAUAGAGAUGUAACGCAUUGGUCCGUGCGCCGAAGCGCAUAAAAUGCAUGUAUGGGGUCAUUUCAUUCUCACUAAAAGUAGAAAACAUGGUUGGAUCAGCAGAUUAACUCAAACCUGUUGAUGAUAAUUAAUCAACAGGUUUGAUUAUUUUUAAGGUGAUCAAGGUGUGUGUGCAAUCAAUAAGCACCACAAAGGUUGCCGCGUAAAUGUGGAGCUUUGGCUCUGAUGGAGAACAUCGUCAAUGGAAGGAUUCAGAGGGAGCGAUUGAUCAGAGAUCAUAUUGAUCUGCAGGGAAAUGUUGAUGAUGGUUUAUGAGCGUUUAGAUUAAUUCAGACUGAUCAUCCUGGAGCUCUGAGCAAAACUUAAAGAGCAGUGCCGUACCGGUCCGACUGCAGUCAUCCUUCAGUCGAGUCGCCGGCCUUGUGAAUGCGCCGGCCUUAUGGACAUGAAUCAUUCUAUUAUUCAGCAUAAACGUCCACAUUCCCCACUCACAGGACUCUCUGGCUCGCUGUCUGUCUUUAAAUCCCGGCUGAACGCGUUACUGUUCAAACAGGCAUUUGCAGGAUGUCUUUAUUUUUUUUUUUUAUUUGAAUGUUUUUGUUUUUCUUUAAAAUGUAUUUUUUAUUUUUGUGAGGUGACAUUCUGUGUCCUCAAAGUACAUUUUAAAUAAAAAAUAUUAUAGUAAUUAGAAAUACUUAUACCGCUUCGAUCAGGACGUUGCCAAGGUUACUGCUUCCUGUUGUGGCAGACUUCCAGGUAUUUAUACUAAUUUACAUAUGUAUUUACAACAGCUCCGCUCUUUUUUCCGCAAAUUAGGAUUUAUGAAGGAAAGGUGCGCACGGCUUUAUGCGUCCGAUUUGUUUUGUGCGCCGCACUUUUCAAAAUUUUUCCGUACGCCAAGUGUUAGUGUGAAAACUACGCACUCUUUUAUGCAUGAGGCCCCUGGAGAGCAAAAAAAAAAAGGUUUUUGGAGGUACUAGUCUAGAAAGUUGGAUGAAAAGUGAAAGUUGUUGGCGAUCUGGUGUCGUGUCUAAAGAAGGAAAGCUUUUCGGUUGUUUGUGAGGCGAUUAAAAGUUCACGUCUAGUUAAAGUCUUCGUAUUAUAAAUGUUAGUGAUUGAAUUGGCCUUAACUUGUUUACAUGGAAAAAAUAUGUAGAUUUUAGAGUUUGGUGCCAUAUCAAAAAAUCCAAAGGAGCAGUUUGUUAUAUUUGGGAGGAGAAAUGGUAGAUGCCCUUCCAUUUUUGCAGAGCAACUACUCCCAUGUUGAGUUUUCACUUUUUUCUGCCAAGGAAUUUGUUACACUUCUUUUUUUUUUCUUUUUUUUUUUUUAAUAAGCAAUCCAAGUAUAGAAGUUGUGCAUGUGUUAUUUCAUAUUUGAAGCAACAUCCUCAUGUUCAAGGCCUGUCUGUAAUCCUGUGAUGUCACAUUGUAUCCAUGAGAAACUGCGUUUAACUGUCAGAUAUUUUUAUUAACUGAACACCGACACAGUGACCUGUGUUGAACAUUUGCAUUCAUAUGCCUUUGCUUUAUUGCCAUGACAAUCCAUUAAGUCCUUCCCCCUGGAGGAAUCCUGAUUAUCAGUGUACUUUAUUUUUUCAGAAAAAAUAAAUAAAAUCCUCAUAUUUGGCAUUUCAUGUGUUAUUGUGUUUAAAAUGGUAAUAAAUUUGUACAUUUAUUUUA